CACAGGGUCACGCAAAACUCCACUCGAGUUUAGUUUGGGGUCAGUUGCGCAAACCUUGUCGGUAGGACUAGAGUUCUCCCUCGACAUUUUCAUCGCAUUUCAGUUUUCCUUUGGUAAGUAGUUGAAAAAAAAAAUUCAUUGAUUUCCCGUUCUCAAAUUGGGUGAAACACGGUUGAAAUUAUUUAGUAGGUCGGACAUUUUGGAGAUUUUGAUGGUAUUGUGAGACCUGUUUGAACCACGUCUUCGCUGUUGCCAAAUGCCCGUGUACUUUCUCUAAUUUAAUCGAUAAAUUGAUAAAUGCUGGGCAUUUAGAAACUGCCCCAGGUUCGGCUAUUUCGUUAACUUUACAACCUACAUUAUUUUGCGAAUCGCUUGAAAUUUCCAAAACGAGAAUCUGAUACUUUCAAGAAGUACGAAACAACGUUUCAAUAGGAAAUUUGAGAAAAUCUCCGAUUGCCGGGAACUUUAUUCGUCCGUUAUAGGACCGUGUGCGGUUGUAGGAUAUUUAGCCACAGCAAUACUAGCUGUUAUCGUCGAAAAGUCGUUCAACCGAAAAUGCUAAAUAUUUGCAUUUAUUCCGAUAAGGACUUAUUUUUCUAGUUUUCCUUUGAUUUGUAAUGGAAGUUUUAAUAUCUAAUGAAACGCAAACCGACAAGGCCGCACAUGAUUAUGUUCUGCACGGUUUUGCCGACGUAUAUGUCCUUUUCGAUGACAUUCGAACGACGUAUCGCCGGUUCGUGUCUCCGAUUUUCACGCCUGAACACACAUGCUUGACAACACUGGUGUAAGAAAGGGUUUUGGCACAAAUAUUUACUUUCUCUAAUUACCAAAGAGUUUAGAAACCGAAUAGAUGUGACGCACCAAAAGCAGGAAUCUUGCUUAAAAGCACGUACAGGUGAAUUUUAUCUUUGCUAUGAAUUCUCUGAAUACUCGAGCAACGAACGUAAGACACUUCAGUGAUAUGUAAUAAUUUCUUUGGUCACUCUUUAAAAUUUUCAAAGUCAGCAGCGACCAGAUUCGCUCUGACGAAGGGCUAAUAAAAAGCUCGUAACGUCAGCUUUUAAACUCUUUACGGUGGCCAAUUUACGUUAUCAACUCAGUUGAUAAUACUAAAUCACCGUUUUAUGACUUUUAAAUUCUCCCACCGACGCAGCACCACAGUUUGUUUAGAAAUUUGCCCCCUUUAUUCACUUAGCAACCAGAAUGGUUCGUCGCGAUGUACCGGGAGCAUUUUUGCUUCCUCUGGUGUGCAUCAUAGCCAUCUUUCACAUUGAUCAGGUGAAGACAGAAGUUCGUUUGCCCUGUGGCAUGGUUAAAGACUGGUUUCCUAGUGGUACAAAGCCUCAGAAUUCACAGCCCCCUUAUUUGCUAAAUAUGACGGAUUCGGAUGGGAGGUCGGUUUACGAUGACCUUUACAUGGGUGAACCUCAUUAUGGACCAGGGCAGAGGACAUACACAAGUGAGUUAACUUAUUUUUUAUUUCUUUGCAUGUCUCUAGGAUCAGCUUAAUAUCGUUUGAAUAACUUCCUCUUAAACAUGAUAAAAUUGCCAAUUUUAAACCUUAUCAGAAGCUUAAUAUAACUAAAUUUUCAAUGAGCAAAUCCAACACUAAUGUUUUUUUUAGUGGCAUUUGUUGAUAUUAUCACUUUGUCUUGACCCAUCAAGGGUAUGGUUAGAUGUACACUAAUCCCCAACCCCCUCACUUGCACUCUUGCCUUUGGAGGGAAAUUACACAGCCCUCCUAGAUGGUGAAAGGGGGGGGGCGUAUCUUUUUGCGCUAAUCACCAAUAAAUUUUGAACUCGCUCUAAAAUGGAACUAGGUGAUUAAAAAUGAAAUUAACAAAACUAAGAAUAGGGGCGUAGUUAGGGAGAGGUCCUGAGAGCCGGUGAAAACGCCCCCCCCUUUCCAAGUGAGGAGAUUUUUUGUAAAUUCAACAACACACAAACCAUGCAAUUCAGGUGGCAAAAAGGCGCAAAUUCGAAGAAUUUACACUUUAUGAAAAUAUCACUUUCGGUUUAUCAAAACACAGCGUGGAUGUAGACACGACAUUAGGGAAGGAAGCCUGGGUGUAACAUAGUGUGACCCCCUGCUUCCUCACCCCCACGAAAGAAUUCUAGCGACGUCCUAGUGAUCGUAAAUGAUUGCAAGAUAUUUGCUGAUGUAAAUUUUUUUUUUUGUUUCUCUCUAGUAACGCUGAAUGGAACUCGCUCUGGUAAUAUGACACAGAAUUUCACGGGCUUCAUGCUUUAUGCCUACAAUGAGUUCGAUGACGAGGACAGUGGGGACUUUUUGUCCCCGCUACCUGCUGGAGUGUCCAAGAGGGAGUGUCUCUUCAAUGACACGGGACAAUUUGUGAGUAAGGCUCACUCAAACAGCGAGGACCGUUGGCAAAGUCUUGAGAAAUUCUAGAGUAUAAGAGCAUGUAUUUUGUAGGUAUAAGCAAAGUUCAUGAUUUGAUUUGGAAACAGAGAGCGAGAUUUUGGCUCCCCUUUUCAGUGUCUUGGAUCAUUUGUAUUUUUCUUUUUUUCAUUCGUGACCUAGCGCUGUUCGAUCGAUUGAAUGCUAAUAUGUUUGAGGGCACAGAGCGAUGAUGCCCUCCCGUCAUUUUACAGUGGCCUCUUUCUAAAUUUUCUGGAAUAGGCUUCUGGAUCUGAAAAUUUAUUGUAAUAACCAGAUUUGAUCGGGAAACUUGAAACAGUUAUCACGUUAAAACAUUUCCUUCCUUUGAAAAAUCGUCAAGAACCCUAAAAUAGGUUAAAUUAAAAAUUUUCGACGUUUACUAUUUUUUCCUCCUAACUCACGACCCGCUUCAUUUAUUAGCUUUUAGCUUUUUGCUUUUUACAAUUUUUAGAUCGAGGUGCUUGAAAACUCAACAAACAGCAUGUACUGGCAUAGCAUUCAGAUCAAAUGGAGGUCGCCCAAGAAAAGCAUAUCUGGAAAAAUCACCAUAAGGUAUAUUCAAGAUAUUUGCCUUUUCUCCGAGAUGCAAUUAUUUGAACCUAACCAUAUCAUCAAACUUUGGGGCUCCUGAUCAAAAUAAAAAACCUCGCUGCAAUUCAACUUUUUCGUGGCCGGAGUAUUUCAGGAAAACACAACAGUACCCGUGGCGGACUUCGUGUGCCGGAAAACGGUUGUGCCCUUGAUUAUGUUGUUGUGUUACUCACGGUAGAGGUGUAGCUACCCAUAACCAAACAGACCACAUCAAAAAAACACUUGGUCUGCCUUCACAGCAAACUCUUAUGAUUGUAAAGAGAAGGAGAGGAAGGUUGUGCGUACCCUUAAAAAAAGAGACCUUUGCGCGCCCCAAUCUUGCACGCAACAUUUUCAUCACUUUGUCUCCCUCGCAUAAGAGAUAUCAGUGGGUGAAGGAAAUAUUACGAUAAAAAUUCUAUGUAGUUCUAAGGUACAGUUGCGUAGUUAUAUUCCUAAUAAAAUUAUUUCAGUAUUUAUUGUUAUGUUCUUUUCAUCGUCACCAGCGCCAGCGUGGUUAAGGAGGAUGGCAUUUUUUGGGAUGGAAUCAGUGUGACCCUUAACCGUAAGUGUCACACCUAACACAAGCUAAAGGCCUCUACUGGUUCCUUUCAGAUUCUCACUGUCCUAGCAUUCGUGUAAUUUUAUUUCCUUCUUAUAUUUUCAGAUGCUUGCCCAAUGCCAGGCUGUUAUCUUCCAGACGGUUGCCCCAACGGUCUCGCUAGAAACAAAUAUGGAUGUACUAUUUGCGAAUGUGCAGGUUAGUAUGGACUGCAAGAAUCACCCAGGCCGCUGAACCAGUACAAUCCAAGUCUAUAAUUUAAUGAUCUCUUGCGCAUUUCGAACGCAUUAACAAAAUUAAGCUGAGACUUAAAAAUGCAACGCGUGAUUUGCAAUUAACAAUCGAAAUAACACAAGCGUUUGAUACUAUUAUACCAGUAGUCUGUCGUGAAGGAGGGGAACUUUGUUCGAGAGAGAGACAGGGGAAUGCUAACAAUCAACCUCUUUCGACGACACAUUCUUAGCCUACGUGUAGCCGUACCCUCCCCCCCUACACGUAGGUUAACACAUUCUUGCUGUCUUUCAUUCGUAGGAGCUUCAAGUGUCACUGUUGGAUUCCUCAGCCUUGCGGUUAUCAUGUUCAGCGCCCUCAAAAAUUGGAUUUAAAAAACACGUUUUGAGCCGUUUUUCUUUUUGUAAUGUAUUGUUUGUUCGCUUUUGGCUUUUUUUACUUGUACUAGAUCAAUUAUAAAUUUGUCGCAUAUAUAGUGUGAGUGCAGUAAACCGUGGAAUCGUUUCACGCAAAAAAAUACCAGGAAAUUUGUCUGGACCAAUCACAGUGUAAUGAAACAAAGCCACUGAAAUCCUGGAUGACGUCGAUAUUUAUUUGGAAAUUCAGUAACACAAUAAGAGCGUUUAUAUUGGUAUACGAUCUAUUCUAUGUGCUAACUG